AUGUCGUCCGAAAAAGCGACGUCGGCCCAUUCGCCAUUAUCGCCACCAGGCUCACCCUCAACCAAACAAAUCCAGCCUCAAUCAAUUGAUGUUCUUGCAUCUCAGCUCGGCAGCUCAUCUCUAAGCCAAUACCAUCACAACUCUACCCUUUCAUCAUCAAACCUACCGGAAUCUGCUCUCUCGCCCAUCUCAUUACCUGACGACGAUGUCGUCAACGUUUCCUCAAUGCUCUCCCAGUAUCACUCCAGGUCAAUGGAGAUUGAUGCCGACCAUGACAGCAACAUGGUAACAUUGCAGAACAACUCCACCUCAGGUCAACAGACAGUCCCCACGACCUCUACAGAUACGCCUUUCGGUCACUUAUCGCAUAUUGCCGUCGAUCCCGAUGCCCUUGCGGAAGCCCCAGCAACUAUCACAACAUCAAUGUGCAGACCCAAUGCUUUUGGUGGCUUCGAAGUAGAUGAAGGAUACUGCGAAGAUGAUGACGACUUCUCGUGGCUUCCAUCAGUAGCGUCGCUGAGAGCGGCUAGCACGCCAGAUGGGGUCAAGAAGCGUUAUGAUUUAGGUUACAGAAGAUCAGUCGAUGCUGCAAGUCGCUGCCGCAACACCAUCCACAGUGUCCCACGGAUGCGACGACGUGACAAGAAGAGGAGCAAACAUUCUCAAUCAAUCGCAGGUUCUCUAGGGCCACGCUCCGAUUCCCAAGCGUCGUCAAUGGUUGCGGCACAAUAG